GGAAAGUUGAUUGGGAACUGGGAAAUUUUCAAAAUAGUCACAAAUUAAAUAAUCGUUACAAUAAAAACCUCGUUCUUCGACCUAGAAUCAAUUUCGACUUCGAAAACUUUGUUCGCUGACCCUAAUUUUCUGUAUAUUCUCAAGUGCAGUACAUAUAGUUUAGAGGACAUUUCAUGGAAGGAGUGGAGGGCAAUGCUGCCUCUGAUUCGGUGCCUCUUGCCAAGUGGAGAAACGAUUUUUCGAGGGCAUUUCAAUACUAUUUGGAUCGAUCUACACCUCAUCCUGUACAUAGGUGGCUGGGGACUCUUGCUGUAGCAGCGAUUUAUAUGCUUCGAGUCUACUACCUUCAAGGAUUUUACAUAGUAUCCUACGGCCUAGGAAUCUAUAUACUGAAUCUAUUGAUUGGUUUCUUGUCACCAAAGGUUGAUCCUGAGCUAGAGGUUUUGGAUGGCGCUUCAUUGCCAACCAAAGGUUCAGACGAGUUUAAGCCAUUCAUUCGCCGUCUGCCUGAGUUCAAGUUUUGGUAUGCUAUUACAAAGGCUUUCUGUGUAGCCUUUCUGAUGACUUUCUUUUCUGUGUUUGAUGUCCCUGUUUUCUGGCCUAUACUUCUUUGUUACUGGAUUGUUCUGUUUGUCCUCACGAUGAAGCGCCAAAUCAUGCACAUGAUUAAGUAUAAAUAUAUCCCAUUCAGCUUUGGAAAGCAGAAGUACACUGGGAAGCAGUCCGGUGCCAGUAGCAGCGGCAUCAAGGAUAGGGACUGAAACUUGUUUGCUUUGACAUUUAGGGGAGAAAGAGAAGAAGUGUAGCGCUUGAAUUGUUGUUCAUUAAUAUUUGUUUCUACGAAUACAUGUUCCUGCUUAUAUUUGUUGAAGAUUCCUCUGUUUGGAAUUGUUUCACAAUACCAGUGUGGAUCAAUAGGAAUAAUUCAAUAGCCAAAGAAGAAAUUGGGGAUGAUAUUUUCCUGUCCUGUAGUUCUUCUGUUAUUCCUGGAGCUUAUUAUCAUAGGACCACGAUUUAACUCCUUUCAUAUGAUUUUCAAUUCCGCAGGGCUAGUAAGAUGUGGUUAGAUUAA